AUGGAAGAGAAAGGAGAUGGCACAGUGGGUGUCCGCUACCUGUCGCCCAGCCAGGAUGCCAGCGCCGAUGAGUUAUUCCACAGACAGUCAGCAGAAAUGUCUGGAUCGGUCGCCCUUGUCCUUACCAGAGACUUCAACGUCCCAGGCGUGGCCGUCGUCCCCCAGGAGCCGGUGCUCUUCUCCCACUCCCUCCGGGGGGAGUGGAGCCGGGCGCAGCUGGUGGUGGCAGCCCACCAGGCGGGUGCCCACACCUUCAUCACCCGCCUGCCCCUGGGCUAUGACACAGGUGGAGCAGGAGAUCUUUGGAGCCGCAAGGGCCGGGUGAGCGGAGCUGCUGGUGUCCCAUCAGUGUCCUCUGUGUCUCCUGUGUGGUCCCCCAUGGGUGUCCCUGUGUCCCCUGUGUCCCCCAUGAUGUCCGUGUGUCCCAUGGGUGUCCCCGUCAGUGUCCUCUGUUGUCCCCUGGGUCUCCCCCCGUCCCCCUGCGUCCCCUAUGAUAUCCCUGUGUCCCCCACGGGUGUCCCUGUGUCCCCCACGGGUGUCCUCGUGUCCCCACGGGUGUCCCCAAGGUGCCAUCCGUCCCCUCCCCGCAGGACCAUGACCCCGGGGCUGCCCCUGCUGCUGCUGGCCCUGGCGCUGCGGGGGGGGACGGGGACCCCGGGUCCCCCCCGGGUCCCCCCUGUGGGGCGGGCGGCGCUGGUGGCCAUCUUGGGGCGCCUGCGGGAGCGAGGACAAGUGCGGGCGCUGCAGGGACAGUGCGGGGACAGCCAGGGACCCCAGGCUGGCACUGCCCUCGGCUGCAGUGACCAAGGACGCUGUCGGGGGGGUCGCUGCCGCUGCUUCCCCGGCUUCACCGGCCCCCACUGUGCCACCCCCGCCUGUCCCCCCGGUCGCGGCGGGCCCCCGCUGCGCCCUCGGUGCCUCAGAAAUGUCCCUGCGGUGGCACUCACUGAUGGGACCCUGUCCCCGCAGAGAUCCCUUCGGUUGACACCACGCUUGGCCACCCGCAACCAGACGUCCUUCCGUGUGACCUGGCCACGUCCCCUCGUGCCGGUGGACGGCUACCAGGUGGCCCUCAUCCCUCUGGAUGAGCCGGCGGCGAUGACCACCCAUGAGCUGCCCGGCUCUGCUGUCACCUUCGAGGUGACAGGGCUGGCACCCGGCCAUGCCUUCGAGCUCUUCAUCCAGGCCCAACGGCAGAAGCACCUCGGGGCGCCCAGCACCCUGCGCAUCCGCACCCUGCUUGCCCAGACUCUGCCCACCCAUGGGGGGUCCCCAGGGUCCCUUCAGGGUUCCCUGGGGUCCCCGGCGUCACCAGUGGCCCCAGCAUCACCAUCAGCCAGAGGGUCUCCGGCAUCCCCAAGGUUUCCAGCGUCCCCAGUAUCUCGAGGGUACCCGGGGUCCCCAGCAUCGCUGAGGGCCCCAGUGUCACCAGGGUCCCCAGCAUCACCAGCAUCCCCAGAAUCCCCGGGUUCGCCAGUGUCCCCAAGAUCCCCAGAGGCACCAGCAUCCCCAAUGUCCCCAAGAUCACCUGCAUCUCCACGGUCCCCAGCAUCACCACAGUCCCCUGUGUCACCUCCAUCUCCAUGGUCCCCGGUGUCCCCAGCAUCCCCACUGUCCCCAGUGCUCCCGGGUGGCCCAUCCCUGCAUGACCUCGGGGCCAAGCUGUCCACCUACAAUGGCUCCUUGCUGCAGCGCCUGGAGAGCCACCUCCGGGCUACAAAAUUCCCCCUCCGGGGCAACCAAACAGUGCCAGCGGUGGCCCGUGCCAUCCUCUCUUACCUUCUACGCCGCAGCCCGGCCCCGUUGCGUCACCAGCUCCUUCGCCAGAUCCCCCAUCCCAAGCCCCAGUUGAUGCCAGGGGCCGCCGGCGAGGCUCUGGUGGACCUGGAUGGGCUGCGGGGCCACGCAGAGACCGUGGUGAUCCGUUACCGGCUCCUGGAAGAGCCGGAGGGGGCCGAGGGGGAGCUGCAGGUGCCAGGGGACACAGCGGUGGCCCGGGUGCCAGGGCUGGUGCCAGGGGCCAGGUACCGGGUGGAGGUGCACGGCGUGGUGCGGGGGCACGUCUCCAAGUCCUACACAUUCCUGGUGACGGCAGGGGUCGAUGGCACCGAUGAGCCCCCCCUGGACUGGGAGCACAUGUAUGAGGUGGAGUUGACUGAACCCCAAGGUGUCGUAGCCAAAGCAGUGCCGGCCCCACCGUUGGAGGAACCACCACCCCGGCCUCGCCUGGGAGAGCUCACGGUCUCCCACGUCACCCCUAGCUCCGUCCAGCUGGAGUGGAGCGUCCUCGAGGGCACCUUUGACUCCUUCACGGUGCAGUACAGGGAUGUGCAAGGCCAACCUCAGGCACUUGCAGUUGAUGGUGGUUCCCGCAUGGUGACGGUGCCUGGGCUGUCACCGUCGCGCCGCUACAAGUUCAACCUGUACGGGGUGUGGGGUCGGAAACGGAUUGGUCUUAUCUCCACCGAAGCCGUCACAGCCCCGGCCCCACCAAAGAAGGAACCACCAUCCCCACCUCGCCUGGGUGAGCUCACGGCCUCCCACGUCACCCCCGAGUCCAUCCAGCUGGAGUGGAGCGUCCCCGAGGGCACCUUUGACUCCUUCACGGUGCAGUACAAGGAUGCACAAGGCCAGCCCCAGGUGCUGCCCGUGGAUGGAGGUUCCCACACGGUGACGGUGCCUGGGCUGUCACCGUCGCGCCGCUACAAGUUCAACCUGUACGGGGUGUGGGGUCGGAAACGUCUGGGCCCCGUCUCCACUGAUGCUGUCACAGCUCCGGCAGAGUCGGAGGAGGAACCACCAUCCCAGCCCAUCCUGGGUGAUCUCACGGCCUCUCAUGUCACCCCCGAGUCUGUCCAGCUGGAGUGGAGCGUCCCCGAGGGCACCUUUGACUCCUUCAUGGUGCAGUACAAGGAUGCACAAGGCCAGCCCCAGGUGCUGCCCGUGGACGGUGGUUCCCGCACGGUGACGGUGCCUGGGCUGUCACCGUCGCGCCGCUACAAGUUCAACCUGUACGGGGUGUGGGGUCGGAAACGUCUGGGCCCCGUCUCCACCGACACCGUCACAGCUGCAGCUGAGCUGAAGGAGGAACCACCAUCCCAGCCCAUCCUGGGCGAGCUCACGGCCUCCCACGUCAGCCCCGAUUCCGUCCAGCUGGAGUGGAGCGUCCCCGAGGGCACCUUUGACUCCUUCACGGUGCAGUACAAGGAUGCACAAGGCCAGCCCCAGGUGCUGCCUGUGGAUGGUGGUUCCCGCACGGUGACGGUGCCUGGGCUGUCACCGUCGCGCCGCUACAAGUUCAACCUGUACGGGGUGUGGGGUCGGAAACGUCUGGGCCCCGUCUCCACUGACACCGUCACAGCUGCAGCCAAGCCAGAGGAGGAACCACCAUCCCAGCCCAUCCUGGUAGAGCUCACGGCCUCCCAUGUCACACCUGAUUCCGUCCAGCUGGAGUGGAGCGUCCCCGAGGGCACCUUUGACUCCUUCACGGUGCAGUACAAGGAUGCACAAGGCCAGCCCCAGGUGCUGCCCGUGGACGGUGGUUCCCGCACGGUGACGGUGCCUGGGCUGUCACCGUCGCGCCGCUACAAGUUCAACCUGUACGGGGUGUGGGGUCGGAAACGUCUGGGCCCCGUCUCCACCGACGCUGUCACAGCUGCAGCCGAGCCAGAGGAACCACCAUCCCAGCCCAUCCUGGGCGAGCUCACAGCCUCCCAUGUAAUGCCUGAUUCCGUCCAGCUGGAGUGGAGUGUCCCCGAGGGCACCUUUGACUCCUUCACGGUGCAGUACAAGGAUGCACAAGGCCAGCCCCAGGUGCUGCCUGUGGAUGGUGGUUCCCGCACGGUGACAGUGCCUGGGCUGUCACCGUCACGUCGCUACAAGUUCAACCUGUACGGGGUGUGGGGUCGGAAACGUCUGGGCCCAGUCUCCACUGACACCGUCACAGCUGCAGCUGAGCCGGAGGAGGAACCACCAUCCCAGCCCAUCCUGGGCGAGCUCACGGCCUCCCAUGUCACACCUGAUUCUGUCCAGUUGGAGUGGAGCGUCCCCGAGGGCACCUUUGACUCCUUCACGGUGCAGUACAAGGAUGCACAAGGCCAGCCCCAGGUGCUGCCCGUGGACGGUGGUUCCCGCACGGUGACGGUGCCUGGGCUGUCACCAUCGCGCCGCUACAAGUUCAACCUGUACGGGGUGUGGGGUCGGAAACGUCUGGGCCCCAUCUCCACUGACGCUGUCACAGCUGCAGCCAAAUCAGAGGAGGAACCACCAUCCCAGCCCAUCCUGGGCGAGCUCACGGCGUCCCACGUCAGCCCCGACUCCGUCCAGCUGGAGUGGAGCGUCCCCGAGGGCACCUUUGACUCCUUCAUGGUGCAGUACAAGGAUGCACAAGGCCAGCCCCAGGUGCUGCCCGUGGACGGUGGUUCCCGCACGGUGACGGUGCCUGGGCUGUCACCGUCGCGCCGCUACAAGUUCAACCUGUAUGGGGUAUGGGGUCGGAAACGUCUGGGCCCCGUCUCCACCGACACCGUCACAGCUCCGGCAGAGUCGGAGGAGGAACCACCAUCCCAGCCCAUCCUGGGCGAGUUGAUGGCCUCCCAUGUCACACCUGACUCCAUCCAGCUGGAGUGGAGCGUCCCCGAGGGCACCUUUGACUCCUUCACGGUGCAGUACAAGGAUGCACAAGGCCAGCCCCAGGUGCUGCCUGUGGACGGCGGUUCCCGCAUGGUGACGGUGCCUGGGCUGUCACCGUCGCAUCGCUACAAGUUCAACCUGUACGGGGUGUGGGGUCGGAAACGUCUGGGCCCCGUCUCCACUGAUGCUGUCACAGCUGCAGCUGAGCCAGAGGAGGAACCACCAUCCCCACCUCGCCUGGGCGAACUCACGGCCUCCCACGUCACCCCCGAGUCUGUCCAGCUGGAGUGGAGCGUCCCCGAGGGCACCUUUGACUCCUUCACGGUGCAGUACAAGGAUGCACAAGGCCAGCCCCAGGUGCUGCCCGUGGACGGUGGUUCCCGCACGGUGACGGUGCCUGGGCUGUCACCGUCGCGCCGCUACAAGUUCAACCUGUACGGGGUGUGGGGUCGGAAACGUCUGGGCCCCGUCUCCACUGACGCUGUCACAGCUGCAGCCGAGCCGGAGGAGGAACCACCACAACCACCUCAACUAGGCGAGCUCACGGCCUCCCACGUCACCCCUGACUCUGUCCAGCUGGAGUGGAGCGUCCCCGAGGGCACCUUUGACUCCUUCACGGUGCAGUACAAGGAUGCACAAGGCCAGCCCCAGGUGCUGCCCGUGGACGGUGGUUCCCGCACGGUGACGGUGCCUGGGCUGUCACCGUCGCGCCGCUACAAGUUCAACCUGUACGGGGUGUGGGGUCGGAAACGUCUGGGCCCCGUCUCCACCGACACCGUCACAGCUGCAGCUGAGCCAGAGGAGGAACCACCAUCCCAGCCCAUCCUGGGCGAGCUCACGGCCUCCCAUGUCACACCUGAUUCUGUCCAGUUGGAGUGGAGCGUCCCCGAGGGCACCUUUGACUCCUUCACGGUGCAGUACAAGGAUGCACAAGGCCAGCCCCAGGUGCUGCCCGUGGAUGGAGGUUCCCACACGGUGACGGUGCCUGGGCUGUCACCGUCGCGCCGCUACAAGUUCAACCUGUAUGGGGUGUGGGGUCGGAAACGUCUGGGCCCCGUCUCCACCGACACCGUCACAGCUCCGGCAGAGUCGGAGGAGGAACCACCAUCCCAGCCCAUCCUGGGCAAGUUGACGGCCUCCCAUGUCACACCUGACUCCAUCCAGCUGGAGUGGAGCGUCCCCGAGGGCACCUUUGACUCCUUCACGGUGCAGUACAAGGAUGCACAAGGCCAGCCCCAGGUGCUGCCCGUGGACGGAGGUUCCCGCACGGUGACGGUGCCUGGGCUGUCACCGUCACGCCGCUACAAGUUCAACCUGUACGGGGUGUGGGGUCGGAAACGUCUGGGCCCCGUCUCCACCGACACCGUCACAGCUGCAGCCAAGCCGGAGGAGGAACCACCGUUGCAGCCGAUCCUGGGCGAGCUCACGGCUUCCCAUGUCACCCCUGACUCUGUCCAGCUGGCGUGGAGUGUCCCCGAGGGCACCUUUGACUCCUUCACGGUGCAGUACAAGGAUGCACAAGGCCAGCCCCAGGUGCUGCCCGUGGACGGAGGUUCCCGCACGGUGACGGUGCCUGGGCUGUCACCGUCGCACCGCUACAAGUUCAACCUGUACGGGGUGUGGGGUCGGAAACGUCUGGGCCCCGUCUCCACUGAUACCGUCACAGCUGCAGCUGAACCAGAGGAGGAACCACCAUCCCAGCCAAUCCUGGGCGAGCUCACAGCCUCCCACGUCACCCCCGAUUCCGUCCAGCUGGAGUGGAGCGUCCCCGAGGGCACCUUUGACUCCUUCGUGGUGCAGUACAAGGAUGCACAAGGCCAGCCCCAGGUGCUGCCCGUGGACGGUGGUUCCCGCACGGUGACGGUGCCUGGGCUGUCACCAUCGCGCCGCUACAAGUUCAACCUGUACGGGGUGUGGGGUCGGAAACAUCUGGGCCCCGUCUCCACUGAUGCUGUCACAGCUGAACCAGACGAGGAACCACCGUCCCAGCCCAUCCUGGGCGAGCUCACGGCCUCCCAUGUCACACCUGAUUCUGUCGAAUUGGAGUGGAGCGUCCCCGAGGGCACCUUUGACUCCUUCACGGUGCAGUACAAGGAUGCACAAGGCCAGCCCCAGGUGCUGCCCGUGGACGGUGGUUCCCGCACGGUGACGGUGCCUGGGCUGUCACCGUCGCGCCGCUACAAGUUCAACCUGUACGGGGUGUGGGGUCGGAAACGUCUGGGCCCCGUCUCCACUGAUACCGUCACAGCAGAGCCGAAGGAGGAACCACCAUCCCAGCCCAUCCUGGGCGAGUUGACGGCCUCCCACGUCACCCCCGAUUCCGUCCAGCUGGAGUGGAGCGUCCCCGAGGGCACCUUUGACUCCUUCGUGGUGCAGUACAAGGAUGCACAAGGCCAGCCCCAGGUGCUGCCCGUGGACGGUGGUUCCCGCACGGUGACGGUGCCUGGGCUGUCACCGUCGCGCCGCUACAAGUUCAACCUGUACGGGGUGUGGGGUCGGAAACGUCUGGGCCCCGUCUCCACCGACACCGUCACAGCUGCAGCCGAGCCAGAGGAGGAACCACCAUCGAAGCCCAUCCUGGGUGAGCUCACGGCCUCCCAUGUCAGCCCCGACUCUGUCCAGCUGGAGUGGAGCGUCCCCGAGGGCACCUUUGACUCCUUCACGGUGCAGUACAAGGAUGCACAAGGCCAGCCCCAGGUGCUGCCCGUGGACGGUGGUUCCCGCACGGUGACGGUGCCUGGGCUGUCACCGUCGCGCCGCUACAAGUUCAACCUGUACGGGGUGUGGGGUCGGAAACGUCUGGGCCCCGUCUCCCUUGACACCAUCACAGCUGCAGCAGAGCCAGAGGAGGAACCACCAUCCCAGCCCAUCCUGGGCGAGUUGACGGCCUCCCACGUCACCCCCGAGUCUGUCCAGCUGGAGUGGAGCGUCCCCGAGGGCACCUUUGACUCCUUCACGGUGCAGUACAAGGAUGCACAAGGCCAGCCCCAGGUGCUGCCUGUGGACGGUGGUUCCCGCACGGUGACGGUGCCUGGGCUGUCACCGUCGCGCCGCUACAAGUUCAACCUGUACGGGGUGUGGGGUCGGAAACGUCUGGGCCCCGUCUCCACUGACGCUGUCACAGCUGCAGCAGAGCCGGAGCAGGAACCACCAUCCCAGCCGAUCCUGGGCGAGCUCACGGCCUCCCACGUCACCCCCGAGUCCAUCCAGCUGGAGUGGAGUGUCCCCGAGGGCACCUUUGACUCCUUCACGGUGCAGUACAAGGAUGCACAAGGCCAGCCCCAGGUGCUGCCCGUGGACGGUGGUUCCCGCACGGUGACGGUGCCUGGGCUGUCACCGUCGCGCCGCUACAAGUUCAACCUGUACGGGGUGUGGGGUCGGAAACGUCUGGGCCCCGUCUCCACCGACACCGUCACAGCUGCAGCUGAGCCGAAGGAGGAACCACCAUCCCAGCCCAUCCUGGGCGAGCUCACGGCUUCUCAUGUCACCCCCGACUCCAUCCAGCUGGAGUGGAGCGUCCCCGAGGGCACCUUUGACUCCUUCACGGUGCAGUACAAGGAUGCACAAGGCCAGCCCCAGGUGCUGCCCGUGGACGGUGGUUCCCGCACGGUGACGGUGCCUGGGCUGUCACCGUCGCACCGCUACAAGUUCAACCUGUACGGGGUGUGGGGUCGGAAACGUCUGGGCCCCGUCUCCACUGAUGCUGUCACAGGUGCCCCAGGGACCCUCUGGGUGGGGACUGUAUGGCCCCGCAGUGCCAGGCUGCACUGGGCACCCCCCCACACCCCCCUCGAUGGCUACGACCUUGUCUACGGCCCCCCCGGAGGACCCCAGAAGAUGCUGCGGCUGCCCCCCGAGGCAUCGUCCCAUCAGCUGUGGGGCCUGGAGCCAGCAGGGCGCUAUGGGGUGCAGCUGUGGGGCAGGGGGGGGGACACCCCCCCCACCCCCCUGGAGACCAACUUUGACACCCGUGAGCCAGAGGCCUGGGUCCCUGGGUGGGGAGCACCCACCCCCCUCCUCCCCCCAGCUCCCCUCCCCCACCCGCACCCCCGGGACUGUGCCGAGGAGCAGCUGAAUGGGCCGGGCCCUUCGCGCGAGACCCUCAUCUUCCUCGGGGGAGACCCCGGGAGACCUCUGCGUGUCUUCUGCGACAUGGAGACCGACGGCGGCGGAUGGCUGGUGUUCCAGCGCCGCCAGGAUGGGGGCACCGAUUUCUGGCGGGGGUGGGACGCCUACGCCCACGGCUUUGGCAACGUCACCGGGGAGUUCUGGCUGGGGAACGAGGCGCUGCACGCGCUGACGGCGGGGACCCCCACGGAGCUGCGGGUGGAUCUCCGCACCCCACGGGACGCCGCCUUCGCCCACUACCGCGACUUCGCCGUCGCCGGCCCCGAGGACCAUUACCGCCUCCGCCUCGGCGCCUACAGCGGCACUGCUGGGGACGCGCUCUCCUACCACGCCGGCAGCCCCUUCUCCACGCGGGACCGGGACCCCCGGGGCCGCCCCCGUCCCUGCGCCGUCGCCUACACGGGGGCCUGGUGGUACCACAACUGCCACUACGCCAACCUCAACGGGCGCUACGGGACCCCCCACGACCACCAGGGCAUCAACUGGUUUCCCUGGAAAGGCUUCGAGUUCUCCGUCCCCUUCACCGAGAUGAAGCUGCGGCCGCAGCGCGACUGAGGGGACCCAGGCGUCCGGGGGGGUCCCAGG